ACUGUGCUGCAGGAGGUGUGCAGCACUCCUGAGCCAGGGGAGGAUUCAUGCCUCCGUUUGAUGUGAUUUCUGGUGGAUUCAUCCUUUUUGACUGAGGACAGAAUGGGCUGUAUAGUGUCAUGUCACACUAGGAGGGCUCUGAGGUAAUGGGGAGUGACUGAGGGCAAGAUGGCUUACAUACAGGACAGCUGGAACCUGUCAAUGAGGGUCUCCUGUCCAAAUUGUCCAACUUCCUGUUGUGCCGCUGGACAUACCAGUCCUGUUGGCAGUCUUGCUGGGAAUGCAGCUGCUGCCCAGUAGGCGAUGAUGAAGUGGAGAUCUUGGGACCUUUUCCUGCCCAAACCCCAUCUUGGCUAGUCAACGAGUACAACACUGAGAAAGAGAUGAGCCAGGGUGCCCCGGGCUUUGACCACCCUGCCACCCCCCCGGACAGCUCUCAGAACAGGCAUUCCUCCAGCUCGGACACCUCCCACUCCAGCUACAGCUUGGCACACCGGCUAUCCACAGGUCUGGAGACUCGGAGACCCAGUUCCUCACUUGUUGAUAUCAAGCCUAUUGAAUUCUGGGCAAUGGGUCCCAGGAAGGAGCCGGUGCAGCCGACAGUCCUACGCAAGCCCUACGAAAGGUCGGAGGACUACUUUCACAAGCUGGAGCCCCGGCUGUACUCGGCAGACUCUAGCGGCGACGACGUCGACUCCCUGACAGAUGAGGAGGUGGCCUCGCGUUUCCAGUUGGGCAUGCUGCACUUCAGCGUGCAGUUCGACCUGGUGCGCGGCCACCUGAGCGUGCGCGUCAUCGAGGCACGUGACCUGCCCCUGCCCGUCUCCUGCGAUGCCUCCCGCCAGGACAUGGCCCACUCCAACCCCUACGUCAAAGUCAGCCUGCUGCCCGACAACAAAAACUCCCGCCAGACCGGCGUCAAGCGGAAGACCCAGAAUCCCGUGUUCGAGGAGCGCUUCACAUUCAACCUGCCCUUUCUGGAGGCCCAGCGUCGCACGCUGCUGCUCUCCAUCAUCGACUUUGACAAGUUCUCCCGCCACUGUGUCAUCGGUAAGGUGACGCUGCCUCUGGGAGACGUGGACCUGGUCAAAGGUGGCCACUGGUGGAGGGCUCUGGUGCCCAGCUCGCAGCAUGAGGUGGAGCUGGGAGAGCUGCUGCUAUCGCUCAACUAUCUGCCCAGCGCUGGGAGGCUGAACGUCGAUGUCAUCCGUGCCAAACAGCUGCUGCAGACGGACAUGUGCCAAGGCUCAGAUCCUUUCGUCAAGGUUCAGCUAGUGACAGGGUUGAAACUGGUGAAGACCAAGAAGACGUCCUGCAUGAAGGGCACCAUCGACCCUUUCUACAAUGAAUCUUUCAGCUUCCGAGUGCCGCAAGAGGAGCUGAGUGAAGUUAGCCUGGUGUUUUCAGUCUAUGGCCACAACAUGAAGAGCAGCAAUGACUUUGUGGGCCGCAUCGUGAUUGGCCAGUUUCCCACGGGCCCCCCCGAGGCCAACCACUGGCUGCGGCUACUCGGGUCACAGCGCACCCCUGUGGAGCAGUGGCACAGCCUGAGGUCCCGCGCCGAAUGUGACCGGGUCUCGCUCGCCUCGCUCGGAGUGACGUGACAGCCUCUAGGCCCAGAGGGGGAAGCGGUGGCAUGACGGAGACCACAAGAUGCAAGAAGACAGGAAACGAGAGGUCUGGGCAGACGAGAGUUAACAACUGUUUGCAUUCAUGUCCACUUACCCAGAAUUCAUUUCUAUCUUAUCUACCCUGUCCAUUUGAAAAUGAUAGGUGCCUUUACCCUCCUCUUCAGCAUUAUAAAUCCCUUGAGGAGAAUGCUCACCUAGAGUGAUCUACAGGCUAGUAAUGGCCAUGUUGCCGUUUGUCCCACAAUAUUACAGACUCAAGGACACUAUGUCCAUCAGUAUAACCAUACAAUCCUGUUUAGUUCUUCCAUUGUCCUCUCAUUUCCUGGGAAAGCCACAUAUGUCCAUCAAGCCAUAGCCUUCAUACACAUUAUCAGUUAUUGCGACAGCUAUUUACAAUUGAACCUACAAUGCUGCUGAUAUCUGUACUACUUUCAUUCAUGUUUCUUAACCACAUCUGUCUGUGCAAUGUACGUAACUCACUCCGUGUGAGGUCUUUACUGAUGACUGUGGUUUAAUCUCGUAUGCUGUUCAAGAAAUGCAGGAACUGCACACGCAAAUUUGACAGUCAACGUGAAACCUGACGCCUUUCUCUUUCAGAGGUGGUCUUUUCAGAGCCCUUGCCUGUGUUUGUACAACAUAUACAGUCCAGUGCUUAAAUCCAGACAUAGUUUUUUAUAGCUGACCUUUGGUUCCUUAAUUGCAAACCGUGUCUCGUACCAUCGAUUCCCGUUAAACACUGUCUGUUGAGAAUAUUGUGCGCUAAUUGUCAGAGAAAAUCUACAUAAUUGUACUCUGUGCAAAUCUGAUGUGUGUACAGGUGCUGAUAGUGAGGAGCUGUGUUUCCUUUAGCCUAAAAUGUUAUUAAAAAUGUGUAUAUAAAUAUAACAAAAUAAUAAAUGUUUAUAUUUACAGUGGGAGAAGCAGCCAGAAUUAGCUACAGCUGUUUGUUAUCCACAAUUCAUGUUAUACAUUUCAGUGAUGUGCAGUUGGGUCUGUAAAGCUGAACCACACAAAUCAAACAUAUAUCCAAACUGGAAAAAAGAAUGCAUACAACAUAGCAUGCAAAAAUAUGUUUGUCUGAACAGUUCAUGUACUGGAAAGUCAUGCUACUUAGCAAAUCUGUACAAAAGCUGACAGCAGCCAAUCAAGCAGUCAAAAUAGGUGCAAUUACAGUAAGCUACACAUAUGCAGAAAUGUUUAUUACUACCAAAAAUGACCUUUUUUUCUAUGUACAAGCAUUACUUAGGAAAAAAAGGUAAUUAUUGGUAAUAAGGAUACGGUAGUAAUAAAUGUACAACAUCACUUUAAUUUUCAGAGUAAGCAGGCUUUAUACAGUGUAUCUGAGAAACUAAGCAGUAAUACCCACAUGCACUAUUUAUUAAUGAAAAACAUCUUAUCACAGUUUAAUGGAGGACAGUAUCAGAGUGUACAAAAGUAGCAACACUCAACGCCAUUACUCCUGCAAUCAUUUGGUUGUUCUGAUAGUAGCAGCUGACUACUAUAUGAAUACCAUCUCAUAAGAUUUACCGUACCUAAAACAGAUAUACUUACAAGGGAUAUAUUAUCAAACAACAUAUAUGUAGAUUUCUUACUUGUCCAAUGAAAAUAUUGAACAAAUAUAUACUAAUAUUCUGUACAGAAGGAAAAAAUGUGCUUAUUUUUAGUGAAACUGUUUAUGAGCCUGAAGAUUCCCUGAUAUCUCAAACCUACAGUGGUUUGUCAUUGACUAAAAGCAGUUGUGGGGAUUUAAAGAGGCAAUAGGCCUUGAGAACCGUCAUGCACGAAUGUAAGUAUUGAGGGGAGGGAUAGAAGGAUUUAGCAGCAGGAUCUUUAUGAAGGGAAAGCUCACAGGCUGGCUGAAGAAGGCCUAGACUGCUUUUAAGUGGUCCAUCCUUUUUCAGAAAUUCCAUGAUGAAUAUCAUGUAUGUAUUUGACCAAGCAAACUCUACGCUGUAUUGUGACAUCAUUAUGGUUGUUACUGUUGCAGUGGUAUUUCUGUUUGUAUGUACAUGUUUUGUGUCUCUCAAUAUGACCCUGAAGGACUUCUCAUUCAGUGUACCUUCAUAUUACUGUCCUUGGCAAUAAACGGUCAAUGUCUCUCUCAUUCGCCGUAUGCUGUAUACCUACAUUCUACAGUUUCUUGACAAACACCUAGCAGAAAAAAAACAUUCUGAACGAGUAAUGGUCAUUAUUAAUAUCGGUAUUUUAUUCACAGUGAUUGCAUAAUUGACAUUAUGUAAUAUAAUGAAAAAAAAAAACAAUCAUUUUGGUGACUUGAUAGUGUCCUCAUUGUAGCCGCUGCCAUGGUAACACAAUAAAGCGUUUUAAUGCUCUGAUGGGAGUACUGUUGGUUGCUGUAUGUAAGGUGUGCCAGUAUAUCACCAAAUUUAACUCAGCAAUGUAUCAUGUCUUGGGCUAUCUUUAGGGUGGGUGCCUUAUUGUUAUAAUAAUAACAAUAUUUAAAAAGUAAACAGUCUUUAGCAAUAGUCUAUGUUGAAAAUGGCACUGGAUAUUCAGUGAGUCUGGAUGUGACCCUUCAGAGUAUUAAAUGCUCAGUUGUUAGUCUGCUAACAUCAGUAUGAUCCUUAUCACACUUCCUGUCAUCCUCACUACUCUCUGGGCAAAGUAAAGGAUGUGAUCUGUCGUGAUCGUUAAUGUGCCAUGAUCACGUGUUUCAUUUAUUUAUUGACAAUAAAGAAUGUAUGUAUUGAAACAA